AUGAGCCAGCAGGCCGCCGCCGUGGCAGCUGCCUCCACGGUCAUUAACGGCAACAACACCUCGAUGACGGGCACGCCGGUGACGUCUGCAGCUCAGGAUAUCGGUGUCCUGAUGCCCCAGCAGCAACAACAACAGCAGCAGGCGCAAAUGGCCCAUCCACCGCAGCAGGUUCCGAUGGCCCAGCAGCAACGGGUCAACGCUCGCAUGCAACAGCCCCAGCAGCAGCCCCAGCAACAGCAGGGCCAGAGCAUGCCGAUGCAUCCUCAGGCGGCCGCCCAGGCCCAGAUGAACACGCUCAGGCAGCAACAGAUCGCGCAACAGGCCCAGGCUGCACAGGUGGCAGCGCAGGCCGUUUCGCAGAGAGGGUCCCCGUCGAAACGCCAGAGGAUGGACACUGCUGGUAACGGCAGCGCAACAGAGAUCAACCAGACCUCGUCGCCCAACAUAGCCAUGAGCUCUCAGCAGCAGCAGCAACAGCAACAGCAACACCCGCCAAUGCCAAUGCCGCAGGGAAUGAUGAUCCCCAACCAGUUUGGUGUUCCGCAGCAGUACGCCAUGUUUGCUGCCGCGCAGGCUGCUCAGCAGGGCCAGUCGCAGCAGAAGUUUAACCAGUACAUGAUUCCAAACUUCCAAGGCCAGCCCCAGCAGCAAAUGCUGAUGCACCAGCAGAUGCACCAGCAGUCUGUGCACAUGCAGCACGACCAGCAGCAUCCUCCCCCUCCUCCGCCAAACGUGCCUCAGCAUUCACAGACUUUCUCGAACCCUAAUGACUUCUUCCACGAGAUGCCCAAGCAGAACAAUCCAGGAGCCGCCAGGGUGAACGAUACCGCCAUCAAAGACUACGAAAAACAGCUCCGCCUGAUGGAGUCGCAGAAUCGCAGACGUUUGGACGUGCACCGCAACGUGUCGGACUCCAAGGACCCGAACUCCCCUAGCAACGCGCAGUUCACCGAGUAUUCGGCCAUGCUGAGCCAGAUGCCGCCGCAACACGCGGCCGCCUCGAUUAUGCAGCAGAGAGCAUCUCCGGCAACAAAGGCGUCUCCAACCACCAAGUCGCCUGCCAACGGGGCAGGCCCACCGGCCAACGGCAAGCAAAAGAAGGCUCCGCGCAAGGCACGCAAAAAUUCGUCCUCUGUUCCUGCCACGCCGUUGACCCCGGCCAACAACCAGCCAACCCCUCAGACAAACAUUCCUCCUACUCCACAGAACACCACUCCACAGCAAACUCCUCAGUCGUCCACAGUCGCUGCUUCUCAAGUGAUGGCUGGCAAAAAAGGAAUCAAGCGAAAGAACAGUAUCACCACUCCAACCAUUAAGGAGGACGAGCCAUUUAUCCUAUCGAGUACAGCAGGCAAAACCACAAACGGCUCGUCGCUCAACAAGGUCCAAGGACCCGUUUCUUCGUCUUCGUCGCACAUGGGUUCUGAUGUUCCAAGUUCUGCCGUCAACGACCAGGCCGCAUCGACCUUUUUGCAUGACUUCUCCACCGCCUCUAAUGAUAUCUUCGAUUUCGACUCACUUCUCACGGCGGACCAGGAAAAUGCUGGCAAUUUGGGCCUCACGGAGGUCUUCAACUGGGGAGAAUCUGUCGGAACCGGAGAUCUAUAG